AUGGCCGAGGCCGAGGCUGGUAGGGCGGCGAUCCGGCGCGCCCUGCGGUCGCUGAAACGGAGGCACCUCGCCGAGGAAGGGGCGCACAGCCCGGCCAUCGAGGCGCUAACCCGUCCCUUCGCCGCCCACGCUUUGGAGUGGAAAGAGAGGGCUGAGAAGCAUGAGUUGGAGCUGCAGCACUGCUACAAGGCACAAUCCCGGCUCUCUGAGCAGCUUGUAAUCGAGAUAGAAGAAGGUAAAGCAUCAAAAGCACUGCUCAAAGAGAAGGAAGCGAUGGUUACAAGUUUGCAGGCUGAACUUGAGAAGACGAGCGAAGAGAAUGUACAACUAAAGCAGUCACUUGAUGAAAAAACAAAAGCCUUAGAUCUUCUCAUUCAAGAGCAUCAGACAGUGAAAGCCGAACUUGAACAAGCAUUGGCGAAACUAAAAGCUGCAGAGGAUGAGAACCAAAGUUUGAUUGAUCGAUGGAUGCUAGAGAAGAUGAAAGACGCAGAGAGGCUCAACGAGGCCAAUGCGAUGUAUGAGGAGAUGGUUCUAAAGCUAAAGACAGCUGGAGUUGGUGGUAUACAACUUAAUGCACAGCAAGAAGCUGAUGGCAUCAUACGGCGUUCUGAAGCUGGUUACAUGGAAACAUCAAUCCCGUCAACAUGCACAAUAACUAUUCGUGCUCAUGAUGGUGGGUGUGGAUCCUUGAUGUUUGAGCAUAACUCAGACAAGCUAAUUAGUGGGGGGCAGGAUCAAGCUGUUAAGAUAUGGAGUGCAUCUACUGGUGCCUUGACCUCCACCCUACAUGGUUGCUUGGGGUCUGUUAAUGAUCUUGCCGUGACCAAUGAUAACAAGUUUGUGAUCGCUGCCUGUAGCUCCAAUAAGCUAUUUGUGUGGGAAGUCAAUGGGGGACGUCCUCGUCACACUCUGACUGGUCACACCAAAAAUGUUUCAUCUGUUGAUGCAAGCUGGGUGAAGAGCUUUGUUGUUGCUAGUUCAUCCAAUGAUCGUACUAUCAAGACUUGGGAUCUACAGACAGGUUUCUGCAAAAGCACCAUAAUGUCUGCAAGCAACCCCAACUCACUAGCUUUCAUUGAUGGUGACAUCAUUUGUUCGGGCCAUAGGGAUGGAAAUCUUCGGCUAUGGGAUAUCCGUAGUGGGAAAUGCACUACACAGAUAGCUGCUCAUCUUGAUGUCACCUCGGUCUGUGUGUCACGGAGCAAAAAUUUUAUUCUUACAAGUGGGAGAGAUAAUGUGCACAACCUUUUUGAUGUUAGAACAUUGGAGAUUUGUGGAACAUUCAGGGCCAUGGGUAACAGAGCGGUGGGCAGCUGGGGCAAACCUUGUAUUAGCCCUGAUGAAAAUUGCAUUGCUGCUGGUUCUUCUGAUGGAUCUGUUUACAUAUGGUCUAGACUGAAGAAUGGAACACCGACCGUCCUAGAGGGUCAUUCUUCACCUGUUCUCGCAAGUGCAUGGUGCGGACUAGGACCUCUUGCUACCUCGGACAGGAAUCAUAUUUAUCUCUGGUCUUGA